AUGAAGAUCGUCUUUCUGCUUCUGCUCCUUAUCGCCUUCGGAGUGCAUGGAUGGCGCUGUAGCACUCAUGAAGGUAAGUCUUCGUUAAAAGUAUUCAAGACGAAAUUUCAAGCAACUUUCAAAGUCCUUGUUGUCCAUAAGAAUAUGGAAUAAAAAAUUUGGGUUUUUAUUUCAAUGUACUUUAUUUCAACUUCAAAAUCAGUGUAGGUACAAUUUCCAGUGAAUGAUUGGGCAUGAAUGACAAGACUAAUAUUUUUUGCUAUGGUGGCCACUAUAGUAGUCGAAAUAGUGGUCACUUGAGUGGGUAAAAUUUAUUGGAUCCUUUAGGAGCUUUAUAUGACCACUAAAACUAACAGUAAGGAGCUUUCUAGAGCCGUUUUUAGUGGCCACUUUAGUGUUUUCUCUAAGAAGUCUUUGAGGAACCUUUCAAGUGGCCACUAGAGUUUUUCCCAGUGGUUCGGUGGCUCAAGCCAAUCGGGAAACUGCUAUCUUAGGAAUUCGAGAAUGGUCCCUAUAGGGGUUAGAGAGAAAAACGAUUCCUUUAGGGACCGAAAAGUGGUCCCUCUAGGGGUUAAGGGUCUGAUCUCUUAGCUCCAAAAGCUCAAAUGGUCCCUACAGGGGUCUCUUAAUUUCAUUCAAAACGGCUUAUUUAUUCAGUUUUUCCCAUGGAAAUGCUUCUUCGCUCAGAAUUCAAAACAGUUAUCGACUAGCAUGUGCCCUAAAAGGACCACUUGUGCAAGCUUUAGUGGCCCUUAUAGGGACUGGUAAGCAGUCCCUGAAGGAGACCUUCCAAGGGCCUCUAAGGUUGCCCCUAUAGGGACCACUCUGGAGUUCCUAAGUUAGUUUAAAAUUCAUGUGAUUUUUGAAAGCAUUCUCGAGAAAAUAGGUUUAAAAACAAAUUAAAAAUCUCGAAUUAAAAACUUGAAAAAUAUCAAAAUCGAAGGUUACUCAAUUUACCGCUCUUGUCUCACAGAAAAUCGGUGAAAAUAACCUCCAAAAAUAUUUUGAUCAGAAAAAUGAAAUAACGAAAGUAUUUUCAGUGAAUAAAGAACUCAACCGUCCACAUCGCUUCCCAAUUAGUAAGUUCAAAAAAAAAAAAACCAAUUUUGAGGGCUUUUCAAAAAUCUAAAAUAAAAGCCUUUUGCUCAAAAUAUUUUUUGGAAUUUUUUUAAAACCAAUUAGAGAUCUAAAUUCAAAAAGUUAAUAAAGCACAUUUUUUUGCGUUCUCUUUUUUUGUCGCGAUAUCGCUACUUCUCAUCAAUUUUGAACGUUUCGCUUUAUUUUUGUUGGAAUGUAAAAAUUGAAGAAAAAAAUUUCGGAAAUUUUUCAAUAAGCGAUAUCGCGCGAGAGUAUUGCGAUAUCGCGUGAGGUCGAGCGAUAUCGCGCGAGAUUUUUGCGAUAUCGUGUAAAAAAAUUUCUCAAUUUUUUUGAAAAAAAUUGAAGAUUAAAAUGUAUUUUUCAGAAGAAAAUCCCCCGCGGCUUCCUCCGAAAAAAACAACAUCCGAUCAAGUUACUGUCAAAAAGAUUACAGUUUAAUAAUCAAAAAAAUUUUAAGGCCCUGUUCUGGAAGAACGGGAAGAUAUCGGAGAUGAGCCAACCGAGAAAAGUCUUGAUUGUGGGUUUUUUUUUGAUUUUUAAAACGAAGCAUACUGUAACUUUGACGCAGAGUAACAUACAUACACAGUUUUUCCUGACCUUUCAAAAUUUUUCCUAGAUCUUACCUUCGAAGCUUCUCAAGGGAUCCCUAGGCAAUCUGUCAAGACUAAAUCAGUACAUUUCUAAAAUUUAAAGUAGUCUUUGAGCCUUCCAAAGGCAUCAAUAAGGAGAAUUCCCAUUACUCAUGCUCCAUAGGGUUUCAAGGAAAUUUAAAGAUGAAAAAAUAACAAAAAAAGUCCCCUAAAUUCCUAGAAAUUCCGACAAAAGUUUGAAUUUCAGUGACUCCGAUGCAAGAAGGAAAAAAUGUUUACACCUUAGGCGAGCUUGGUAUGUUUUUCCUGUUCUUCAAAUACUCAUUAGAUUUCAAAAUACUUGAAAAUUCCCCUAUAAACAUUUCUCUGAUUUUUUUCAUUUCAGACACAGAUAGUUAGGAAAUCUUUUUUGGGCUCCUAAAAAAUUUCCAAACAUUUCAUAUCAAAAGGAAUUUUCAGAUCCAGAAUUGGUCAGGAUUUUGCGAUAUUGGAAAGGUCAAGCCACCGAGAAGAGUUUCGGUGAGUUUUCUAUUUAGAAAACGAAUAAAAAAAGAAAAAUGCUAGAAAAUAAUCAAAAAAUAACUGAUCACACCGGUGUUUUCAGGCAUUUUUCUUAAAAAAAAAAAUUCGGAAAAGUUGAGAACUGGACGGAUCUUCUUAGUCGAUUCUAGUACUGUUCUAAUCAUCUCGAAAUUCUGGAUCAAAUAGUUUUUUUUCCACACGUUUAGACAAGAAUAGAAGCUGAUUAGGAGCAUUAUUACGAUUUUAAAAUCUGAUGAAAUUCUUCAAUACCCACACGUUCAGUUUUCCCUAAAAGAUUUAUCAGAAAUCAAGAUAAUCCCCUGGAAAAUGAACAACUGUUCCAGCUCCAUUCUGAAGCUCAAAAUUCCUUUUUCCUAGCUUUCUAAAGGCAUAGUUAUAAAAUAAUAUACCUUUUUUCAAGCCCUAGAAGUGUGGGACGAAUUUAAAAAUUAAAAAACCCGUCCUAAGCUUUGAAAAGACCUAGAAAAAAAAAAAUCUAAAGACGAAUAAAACAUCUAAAAAGUAUAGAGCUUCUCCAGCUUCAUCCUGAAGCUCGAAAAUCCUUUUUCUUUUUUUAAAAACAUCAGAGUUAUAAAAUAAAACUUUUACAUGCUUCCGAAGCAAGUCACAUAAACGUCAAAGUCAAAAAAACAGAUUCCAAGCUCUGGAAGGUCUAAAAAAGUCUGAAGACGAUUAAACCAUCUAAAAGGUAUAGAACUUCUCCAGCUUCAUCUUGAAGUUCAAAACUCCUUUUUUCAAGCCCUAGAAGCAGUCAAAAAUAUUCAAAAAUCAAAAAAACGUGUCCUAAACUCUGAAAAGGUCUGGAAAAAGUCUGGAUACCAAUAAAUCCUCUUAAAAGUGUAGAACUGCUCCAGCUCCAUCCUGAAGACCAGAACUCCUUUUUCCCAACCUGAAGCUCAAAGUCACUUCCUUCGAACCUUUCGAAAAGAUUUUUAAAAAAAAAAGGAAAAUCUACACCUUUCAAGCUCCAGAAGCAAAUAAUACAAAAGCAAAAAUCAGAAAACGUAUCUUAAGCCCUUAACGAGAAGACUUUAAGGUCAUCAAGUGAUCUGGCAAGUAUAAAACUGACUCCAGCCUCAUCCUGAAGCUCAAAAUUCCUUUUUUCAUGCUCCAGAAGCAGUCACGAAAAUUAAAAAGUCUGAAAAACGUGUCCUAAACUCUGAAAAGGUCUGGAUAAAGUCCGAUGAAGCAUCUGAGUAGUAUAAAACUGCACCAGCUCCAUCUUGAAGCUCAAAAUUUCUUUUUCCUAGCUUUUCAAAAGCAAUAAAGUUAUAAAAUAUACCUUUUUUCAAGCCCUAGAAGCAGUCACAAAAAUUCAAAAUUCAAAAAAACGUGUCCUGAACUCUGAAAAGGUCUAGAAAAAAUCUGAAGACGGAUAAAACAUCUAAAAAGUAAAAAACUGCUCCAGCUCCAUCCUAAAGCUCAAAAUUCCUUUUUCCCACCCUGAAGCUCAAAGUUACUUCCUCCUAACCUUCCAAAAGAUUUUUAAAAAGGAAAAUCUACACCUUUCAAGCUCCAGAAGCAAAUAAUACAAAAGCAAAAAUCAGAAAACGUAUCUUAAGCCCUUAAAAAGAAGACUUAAAAAUUAUUAAGUGAUCUGACAAGUAUAAAACUGCUCCAGCUUCAUCUGGAAGCUCAAAAUUCCUUUUUCAAGCUCCAGAAACACUUACAAAAAUUGAAAAUUCAAAAAAACGUGUCCUAAACUAUGAAAAGGUCUGGAAAAAGUCAUCUGAGUAGUAGAGAACUGCUCCAGCUCCAUCCUGAAGCUCGAAAUUCCUUUUUUAGCCUUCAAAAAGCCUCAAAGUUAUAAAAUAUACUUUUUUCAUGCUUCACAAGUAGGCCACAUUAAUUUAAAAGUCAAAAAAACAUAUUUUUAAGUUUCAAAGAUGUCUGAAAACUUCUGACGAUCAAUAGAACUGCUCCAGCUCCAUACUAAAGCUCAGAAUUCCAUUUUCCCAGCCUUUUUCAUAAAAUAUACUCUUCCCAAGCUCCAGAAGCAACUCACAACAGCCAAAAAGCCCAAAAAUCCUCUCCACAAAAAAAAAUCCCAAAAAUUGCAGACGACUACGACUACGAAGACCUGGUCGCCAAGGGAGUCUUUUGUGAGUCCAUUUUUCAAUAUUCCAAUAAAAUCUAUUCUUCAGCGGACCUCAAGGAGCGGCUCCGAACGACUUGGCAGCACGUUAAGCAGGACCUUUUCGGGAAACGCCCACCUGCUCAGCAACUACCGUCGUGGCCAGAACAACAACAGUACCAGGAUUUCCAACAAUAUCCUCCCCCUCAGGCUCAACAGUGGUGA